CCCUGAACCCCGAUCUUUCCCACCCCAUCCCUCUGGGGUUCGUGCAGACAGAGCCUGGAGCCGGGUGUGCCCCGGGUGGAAUCAACGUUUCAGCACUUCGGACAGCGCCCCGGGCGCCCUGGCCCCUUUGGGUUGGCUAUGGCGAGCGUUCAGCAAGGCGAGAAGCAGCUUUUUGAGAAGUUCUGGCGAGGAACCUUUAAAGCUGUGGCCACCCCACGUCCUGAGAGCAUCAUUGUCGCCAGUAUUACAGCCCGCAAGCCGCUGCCAAGGACAGAACCCCAGAGCAGCCCCAUGGUUCCAGCUCAGGAUGGACCCUCGAAAAAGCUGAGCCAGCACCUGGGCACUGAGGCCUUGGGCACCGACAGCUGGGGGAGAGACAAGGCCUGCCGGGAGCGCAGUCCUGCCAGAGCACGCAGUGCCUCCCGAGACAAAGAUCUGACACCCCCACCGUCCUCCAGGGGGAAGAAGAAAAAGAAGAAAUCCACCCGGAAGAAGAGAAGGAGGUCCCCGUCAUACAGCCCAUCACCUGUCAAGAAAAAGAAGAAGAAAAGUUCCAAGAAGCAUAAACGACACAGGUCAUUCUCCAAGAAGAGAAGGCACAGCUCCUCCAGCCCAAAGAGCAAGAGAAGGGAAGAGAAGAGGCACAAAAAACAAUCGCGAAGCCGGCCCCGAAAGUCUCACCGCCACCGCCAUCACCACUGGCCCUCGCGAUCCCAGAGCUCGGCGUCGCGGUCCUCCAGCUGUGAGAGCAGGCACCGCGGCCGGUCCCGCGAGGAAGGGCGCAAGUCUCGCCACAGGCACGCCCGCCGCAGCUCCAGGACCCUCUGCAAGACCAGCCCCGAGGCCCGGCCCAGCCCCCCGCCCAGCCAGCCCCUCCAGGUGCUCAGCCUCCUGUCGGCCAGGGGUGUAAUCACUGGGUCGGGGUCUGCUGCUGACCUCUUUACCAAAACAGCCAGCCCGCUCACCACCUCGCGAGGACGCUCCCAGGAGUAUGACUCAGGCAAUGACACCUCCUCGCCACCCUCCACGCAAAUCAGCUCAAGCAGGUCUCGGGGGCAGGAGAACGAAAGCCCCAGUGGGGAGCUCAGCAAGAGCCAGGACCUCAACAGCGGCAACACCUCUGAUUCAGGGAACUCCUUCACCACCUCCUCACCCCAGAACAAGGGGACCGCUCUGGAGAAUCUCUCCCCCACCAGCAGGGGCAGAGAGUCAAGAGGAUUCCAGUCGCCAUGUCUGGAAUGCGCAGAGGUGAAGAAGUCCAGUUCGGUCCCACCCACAGCCCGGAGCUCCCCCAUGAGAGGGUGCUCCCGCAGCUCCUCCUAUGCCAGCACCCGUUCCUCCAGCCACUCCUCCCGAUCCCCAAACCCCAGGACCUCCCCCAGGUACACCCGGAGCCGAUCCACCUCCUCUGGGAAAAGGUCCUACUCGCGCUCUCCCAGCUAUUCCUCCAAGUCUGGCAAGAGGAGCCCACCUAGCAGAAGCUCUCGAUCCCGCCGCAGCCCCAGCUACUCCCGCUACAGCCCCAGCAGGGAGCGGGACCCCAAGUACACUGAGAAGGACUCGCAGCAGAGGGAGCGCGAGCGCGCACGUCGGAGACGUAGGUCUUACUCGCCCAUGCGGAAGCGCCGGAGAGACUCCCCGAGCCACCUGGAGGCGCGCAGGAUAACCAGCGCCCGGAAACGCCCCAUCCCCUACUACCGGCCCAGCCCCUCCUCGUCCAGCGGCCUCAGCAGCACCUCCUCCUGGUACAGCAGCAGCAGCAGCCGCUCGGCCAGCCGCAGCUACUCCCGCAGCCGGAGUCGCAGCCGCAGCCGCAGCCGCAGCCGGAGCAGGACCCGCACGAGCAGCAGCUCCAGCUCCCGCAGCCCCAGCCUGGGCUCCCGCAGCCGGAGCCGGAGCCGGAGCCGGAGCCGAAGCUACAGCUCGGCGGACAGCUACUCCAGCACCAGGCGCUAAGCAAGGGCCCUCCCUUGAGCCAGCUGCCUGCGGGGCGGGGCCCUUUCACUGGGCCGGCCUCCCCCACACCCUGCCCACCCUGCCUUCUCCUUGGUGACAGACAUUGAGGCUCCUGGACCCUGUCCUUCCUGAUCUCCCCGGGAGGAGGAAAAGAGGGUAGGGGGCUGCAGCCUCAGUCAAGCUACUAGGAGCCUCGACCAGCACCACCCUGGGGCAUGACUCAGGCCUGGGCAUACGGAGAGAACCACCCCCCCUCUGUUGGCACCAAAACCCUCAAGGUUUUUUAAGGAGCAAUGGGUCCAUGACUCCAGCGUUUGGGCCUGGCCAGGAAAUGUAGAAAUGGUUCCAUUGACACGCUGCUCCCAGGAUGCAUGGGGAAGACCAGUGCUAGUUCACACACAUGCCCUCAUCCUCCCCCAUCCAGUCUCCUGGCUGCACCUGGAUCCUCAUGGGGGUGGGAGGGACAUAAGAAAGGACAACGGCAGUUAAGUUCCAGGAGACCGGUCAGGCGUUUUGCCUCCCAAACAGGCAGGAGCAAAGGCUAGAAGGCUUUGGAGUCCUAGGAGAGGGGAUAUAUCUGAGCAGGGAACAUGGAUGUUUUCGUUGGUAGUAGGGGCCUCUGAAUGUAGAGACACAGAGGAAGAGGUUACCCAGUGGGUUCUAGCAAUGGAGAGGCCACCACAUGGCUUACCCAAAAUGCCUCUUGGCUGUUCACAGGGACCCUGCAACCUCACCGAGAAAGGACACAGUGGACAGUCGGGACAGCAUUGUCUACAGCCCCGCUUCCCAAAUCUGUCUCAGCCCCACUAGCUGGCACCAACUUAAUUCCACGGAACCAUCUGCUGAACAUUCCCCAGUGCCAUGGCCAGCUGCCAGUCCCCAGCGCCAGCCCGUCUGGCCUUACCCUCCAGUUGGCGCCUGCCUGCCCCCUCCCACCACCCAGACUGCCACACCCUGGAUCCUACCCCGUGCAGUUGAGCACCCACCCUCAGCCUAAGCCACCCCCUGUGCCUCUCAGGAAUUCUGCCAGGAUGGGGCAUAGCAGCUCAGGUUUGGAGGGAAAGACCCACAUCCAGAGAGUCUGGGGGUCUUGGAUGCUCUGUGGCUUGGGCUCCCGCUGGCUUCUGACGUUCCUUGUCAGCUGGGGGAAGCCCAGCCUUAUUGCUGCCCUCAGCCCACCUUGCCCUGGCCAGGGCUGAGCAGUGAGGGUAAGUCGAUCUCUAACACAAAUACCAGCAGCUGCUUCGUCCACAGAAGGCACUGGGAACAGGGGUGUGAGAGAGAGGAUCCUUAAAAUAAACUCUUGGGCAUCCCUCUCACCAGCUGACUGGCUUUCCGGAGCCUCAUGGGUGAGUUUCAAGUUUGUGGUGGCAACAGCAGCGGGACAGGACGUGGAGAGAGUGAGAGGGGACAGUUCCCAGCUCUGGAUACUGGGGCUUUGGGGAAGCAGGAAUCACACAUUCAUCCCUCACACCGCAGGGGAAACAUUUGGGGGAAAAAUAUUAUUUUUUUCGGAAGCAGCGACCCUCCCCUCCCCAAUCUUUCCCAUCACGUCAGCUUCUGUGGGGCCAGAAACCGCCCCAGAACCACCCCAAAAGUCAUUCCUCUAUCAGGAGAGUGGAGCGAGGUUGUUCAAGCAGCCGUGGAGGACCUGGCCUUCCCAUGAUGCCCUCAGACAGACCUGGACCCCGCCCGCCAAGACAAGGAUGCCAAUGCUGUCACCGCAGAAGGCCGGAUGGCAGGUGCCUGGGACCGGGGCAGGUGCCCCAGGAGGGUGUGUACAGUGAAUGUAAAUAACCCUCUUCCCUGCCCAGACGCCCCGGCUGGACUCCCGUCUCCCUGCAUGGAGAUGAGGCUCUCCGGAGCCAUGGAACCUCCUUAGGACAGACGCCCACGAGCCGCCCAUUCUGACUGCCUUCAUUCGAGCAACUCCAGGGCACUGUUUUGCCCGGGGCUGCUAGCAAACCUUUUAUUUAUUUUAUGUAUUUAUGUUUGUUUAUUUAUUUAUUUAUGUGAUGAGAUCUCUCUCUGUAUCACCAUUAGCAGUAUUCAACUAUUUAUUUAUUUAUACGGAGAGGGUUCGUGUGUAUGCGCGCUUAGAGAGGAAGGGGGUCUUCUAAAUGAUUUCUGUGCAUCUUUUUUCCCUUCCUGUCUCUAUGGGUGGGAUUUGGGAGGCCGGAUGUGGGUGAGGAUGGUGGCCUUUGCCCCGAAGGUGAAACCCACUGAGCUCUAAGCCCCGGGACAUAGUAGGGGUGGCGCCAAAGCACUUCAAGCCCCAAGGGUCAUUCCUCAGCCCACGGUGAGGUCCAGGCCUGUGUCCCAGACCCCUGCCCAGCAGCGGCCUCACUGAGGUGUCAGAAAAAUGUAAAGAAGCUUAUGAGCUAAGGCGCUGAAUUGACACAGUGGAGUCAACAGUUUAUGUGGGGGUUGGGGUCUCAAGUUAGCAUGGAAGGCAAAAAAAAAAAAGUUGAAAUCACUCGUGAGAGUCCUUCAGGCACCCAAUGGGAGACUGUUGAGGCUUCCGUUGGUACUUACUCAAGUAGCUGCCUGUGUUAGGGGGGCCACUGCGGUUGAAAAAGACACGCGGUUCAACACUGGGAUGGCACUUGGAGUUGACGAGGUGCUCAGACGUUGAGAGUAAGGCAAGAAUUGUGACAGAAAGAAGGGAAAAUGCCUACUUUGAUGUCCCCCUUACUCCUGGGCAUAUAUUAGUGGGUAGGAUCACUCAGCAUUUCUGGGCAUACCUGGUUGGUUUCGUGUAAGUUACUCAGGCUUCUGACUCCUGUAGCUAAUUUCUUCCCAUCCCCAGACCCUGCUCUGUUCUUUCUGCAAUGGAUCCCCGCUGUUCCCAGGUAUCAGUCAUCCUGGGAGACGCACAGACCCACAGCAAAAGCCUUUUUUUCUAUGAUCUCUUGCUGUUCUGUUAGGAGAGAGAACAAAGCUAUUUCUGAAAUUAGGGGGAAAGCAGUAAAGGCAAAAUGAGCAGCUAGAGAUUCCCCCAAAAAGGGUUAUUUCAGAACCCGUCCUGGGAACCAGGACCCAGAGGCGUGACCAGUCCUUCUCUGACCAGCGAACAGUGGUCGGUGGCUGGAGACGGCCCCUGCCCUUUCCGAGGUCUUUGUUCUUGGCUUUGAAAUGACCGCCUGGUCCAGCUUUGGGUUUGGUGAGGCUUUUGCAACACCUCUGGUUGUUUCCCUGGCAAUGUGACUUCACCCUCCCUUGGCCCAAGCAAGGGAGUCCCCCUGGCCUGGGGAAAGUUUUGAGAAGGCUGCUUAAUCUCCUCCUGGGGAAAAUCUUUGCCCUUCCCUCUCACUUGGUGUGUUCCUCUGAUUUCCUUUACACUUUGUUUUUUUUCCAUCCCAAACUGAAACUAUUGUUGGGGCACUGGUAACCCUGCUCAGCCAGGACCCCCCCAUCCCUGGCAUCGCUAUUUCCCUGCCUACCUUGGUUACUUUCAGCCUCCAGGGAUUGAGACAGAUCACCUGAAACCUGCUCAUGAUGAGAACUUAUUUAUUUUUUUAUCCU